AAAUUAAAACCAUCUUCAUCUUGUGUUAAUUUCCACCGAGAAAAAAAAAAAAAAAAAAAACCCUCAUACCAAAGAGAAAAGUGGCAAUGGCAAACACUAGUACUAGAACGAAAGGCAAGAAGAAAAUCGUCGACGUAUUAAACCUCAAGAGGCUACAAAAGAGUCUACUUUCCGGCAAGAAAUAUUCUUCCGGCGAGGAAAUGAGGGUGCCGGAGGACGUGAAGGAAGGGCAUUUUGCGGUGAUGGCGGUGGACGACGAUCAAUUGGGGCGAUUCAUCGUGCCCUUGAGUUUCCUCACACACCCCACAUUCUUGCGCCUAUUGGAGCAAGCCGCCGAAGAAUACGGCUUCGACCACGACGGCGCCCUCACCGUUCCCUGCCGCCCCACCGAGCUCCAGCGGAUACUGGCGGAGGAAACCCCUUGUAACUGGACCUUCAUGCAAUAAAACACCCAUUCAAUAUUCUUCUACUUCAACCCUAUUUCUCAUUUCGAUCUACAUUUAUAUAUAUUUACUAGCAGAAAUGACGUGUGUUCGCACGUAAAAAUGAAUUAUUUUAAUGAAUAAUUCCCGAUGAGUGUAAAUUUAUAUUUCAUUUCAUAGUAACAUUUAUCAUUUUA